AUGGAAGAAAUUGAACACAAGUUCGUGAAUGUGGGAGAUCUCAAACUCCACAUAGCUCAAAUUGGAACCGGUCCAAACGUCGUCGUAUUCCUCCACGGCUUCCCUGAGAUAUGGUACUCCUGGCGCCACCAGAUGAUAGCCCUCGCCGCUGCCGGAUUCAGAGCUAUCGCUCCCGAUUACAGAGGCUACGGCCUCUCCGAUCCGCCACCCGAACCCGAAAAGACCACCUUCUCUCAUCUUCUCAACGACCUCCUAGCAAUUCUCGACGCUCUUUCUCUUUCCAAGGUGUUUCUUGUUGGAAAAGAUUUUGGAGGUCCUCCAGCAUAUCUGUUUUCCAAUCUACACCCAGAAAGGGUGUUAGCAGUUAUCACAUUGGGAGUUCCAUAUGUUCCACCAGGCCCCCCUAUUCUUCAUAAUUAUCUCCCAGAAGGCUUCUACAUUUUGAGAUGGAAGGAACCAGGAAGAGCAGAGGCUGAUUUUGGACGCUUUGAUGCAAAAACUGUUGUGCGAAACGUUUACAUCCUUUUCUCAAGAAGUGAAUUACCAAUAGCUAAUGAAAAUCAAGAGAUCAUGGAUUUGGUGGAAUCUGAUACCCCUCUUCCCACUUGGUUUACUGAGGAGGAUUUAUCAACUUAUGGAGCCUUGUAUGAGAAAUCUGGAUUCCGAACGGCACUGCAGGUUCCGUAUAGGACAAUUGGUGAUGACUUGAGCUUACCAGAUCCUGUAGUCAAAGUUCCAGUACUGCUGAUAAUGGGUGGAAAGGAUUAUGUUUUCAAGUUUCCAGGGAUGGAAGAUUUAAUAAAAAGUGAGAAAGCCAAAGAGCUUGUUCCCAAUUUAGAGGUUAAGUUUAUUCCAGAGGGAACACAUUUUGUUCAAGAACAAUUUCCUGAACAGGUAAAUCAGCUUAUCCUUGCCUUCAUAAGCAAACACAUUUGA